CGCUUCCGUGCGUGCGGAGGAUAUGGGAGCGGGACUUCCGGCGUCCUCUCCGCAACAGACGUUUCGUAGGCUCUUGUGAGGUUCUGCGGCGCCUGGGGAUUUGGAAUGUUUGGUCGCGCCGGAGGGGGAGGAAUAGGGAAAACGCGUUUGGAGGCGUUGUCCCUACUGCACGGAGGCGAAUCCGAGGCUUGGCCGGGGCGGGGCUUGGGUCGGCGGUGUCCGCGUCCUGGACUCAGACGCCCGCCUGUCCGGUCCUGUUCCGCCAGCAGAGUCCGAUGGCGGCGGCCGCGCAGAGAGAGCCGGCUCAGGGCUGUGUGAUCUCUGAGGAUGUGUUUGUGUACUUUUCCUGGGAAGAAUGGAUUCUCCUUGAUGAUGCUCAGAGACUCCUGUACCGGGAUGUGAUGCUGGAGAACUUUGCACUUUUAACCUCACUGGGAAUCGCAUCCUCCAGAUCACACUUAGUUACACAACUGGAGCAGGGGGAAGAGCCCUGGUUGCCUGACCAGGUGGCUGUGACUCCAGCCACAGAAAGAGAGGCUCAAAAGGGACUUGGACCUGGUUGUUGGUGUGGAGUGGAGAAUGAGGAUGCAUCCUCUGAGCAGAGUGUUUCUUUAGAACGAGUGUCACAAGUGAGGACGCCUACGGUAGUUCUAAAGACCCACCCGUGUGACAUGUCUGGCCCAAUGUUGAAAGACAUCUUACAUCUGACUGAAUACCAGCGGGGAGAAGCCAAGGAGAAACCACACACGUGUGGGGCAUGUGGGAAGCAAUUCUGCUUCAGUGCAAACCUUCACCAGCACCAGAAGCAGCACAGUGGAGAGAAACCCUUCAGAAGGGACAAGGGCAAGGACCCUGUGAAAAGCUGCAGAAUCUGUGUGUCAGAGAAUCCCGACACCUAUGUUGAGGGCGGAAUGUACUUUCCAGCUACCUCUGGCCUUCUUCAGCACCAGGUCCACCACAUCAGGAUGAAGCCCCAUAAGAGCACUGAGCUGGGGGGAGCCCUUCACGUGGGACAGAGGCAUCACAAGUGCAACGAAUGUGGGAAAGUGUUCACCCGCAAAGACACUCUUACUCGGCAUCAAAGAAUCCACACUGGAGAAAGGCCUUAUGAGUGCAGCCAAUGUGGGAAAUUGUUUAGCCAAAGCUGUGACCUUUUUAAACACCACACAAUCCACACUGGAGAAAGGCCUUACGAGUGCAGCGAAUGUGGGAAAUUCUUUAGACAAAUCUCUGGCCUUAUUGAACACAGGCGAGUUCACACAGGUGAAAGGCUCUAUCAAUGCAGUAAUUGUGGAAAAUUCUUUAGCAGUAAGUCUAACCUCAUUAGACACCAGGAGGUUCACACAGGAGCAAGGCCUUAUGUGUGCAGUGAGUGUGGGAAAGAGUUCAACCGCAAACACACACUUGUCCUGCACCAGAGAACUCACACUGGAGAAAAGCCUUAUGAGUGCAGUGAAUGUGGGAAAGCCUUUAGCCAGAGCUCCCACCUUAAUGUACAUUGGAGAAUCCAUAGCAGUGACUAUGAGUGCAGCAGAUGUGGGAAAGCCUUUAGCUGCAUCUCUAAACUCAUUCAGCACCAAAAAGUUCACUCUGGAGAAAAGCCUUAUGAGUGCAGCAAAUGUGGGAAAGCCUUUACCCAAAGGCCAAAUCUUAUCCGGCACUGGAAAGUGCAUACUGGAGAACAGCCUUAUGUGUGCAGUGAUUGUGGGAAAGAGUUCAACCGCAAACACACACUUGUUCUCCACCAGAAGAUUCACACUGGAGAAAAGCCUUCAGACUACAGGCAAUGUGGGAAAUCCUUUAGCCAACGCUCCUAACUUACUGUGCAUUUGAGAAUUCCUAGCAAUGACUUUGAAUGCAGCAGACAUAGGAAAGCCUUUAUGUAAAGACCAAACCUUAUUCAGCACUGGAAAGUCCACACUGGACAAAGGCCUUAGCAGUACAGAGAAUGUGCUGUCUCCUUGUUCGACCUAACACCUCUCCCCAGAGGGAAGCUCUGAGAGUAGGCAUUUUGAGGGAGCCAUCGUUCAGAAAUGGAACCUGAUACUUAGGAACCCUGGGGAGGUUCCCUAUUCGGGCCCAGUGUGUGAGGUGCUUUCAGGAGCUGUGUUGCACAUUCUAAACUGCCAGGUGCGUUUGCCAGUGGUGGAAGCCAUCUUGCUGUUACCAUCUGGCAAAGUCCCACAGCGUAUGUCAGUCCAGAGAUGAAGCAUGUCCAUUUGUGAAUAACGAUCCUGAGGGUCUUCUGCUCAGAUGUCUCUCUGAGUCCCAAUGCUGGAUUGCCCUGUCUUUCUCUAGCUGUAGCCUAUGCUUUGCAUUUAAAUAAAAGCCCUAAAGGAGAGUGCUCUUGGAGGCUUACAAGUCCAAAGAUAUGUGUGAUGUCUUUGUAGGUGUAGUUACAGAUAAUAGAAAUCAAUGUAUAUAGAAAGGUGUACAUGUGUAUAUAUCCUCUCCCUCUCUCUGUCUCUGAAAGAACCUAACAGUCAGUGACUUAGCAGUAGAAAAGAGGACAACUAGUGCUCAAUUGUUUAUUUACAAAUACCAUUCUCCAAUAAAAGGAACCAGAGCCUGUCCAGGCUGUGACAGGAAAAGUGCAACAUGUGCCUGACAAUAUUCUUGCCUUCAGAAACAGGAUUCUCAAUAAUAUUGACACACACAAAAAAGCAGAGAGGCUACAGCUUUAAGGACACUGUCCAAAUCUGGGACAAUUUUAAAAUGUCCAGGUUUCCUUCUUGCAAGUCCACAACUAGAAAAUAAAGUGAAAUGUAUGGUGCAGUUCAGGAAGUCUCCAAGACUGCUCUCAGGUUCAGUACUUCACUAGAAGACUGCACAGAACUCAGCAAAGCUGUUAUGUUCGUGAUUACAGUGUAUGACAGCAAAAGAUUCAGAUUAAAAUCAUCAACAGAGAAAGGCCCAUAGGGUAGAGUCUAUGAGAGACCAGGCACUGACUCUCCAGUUGUCUCCAAUGGAGUCAUGUGGACAGCACUGAUAUCCCUCAGUAACUGUGUGAUGAUACAUGUGGAGUAUUGCCAACCAGGAAAGCUCACCGAGCCUUGGUGUCCAGAGUUUUCAUUGAGGGUCAUGCAGAUGUGUCUGACCACCAUGUAGCUGACCUUAGUCUCCAGCUCCUCCAGAGGUAGAGCUGAUAACGUGUGGGCAUAGGCACCACCCACAUGAUCAUAGGAUCCAGAAGCUCCGCGUGUUUCCAAACUCUGCCUUAAGGGAAAAGAGGCUACCUGCUUGUGAAUACGAUGACUACCUUCUUGUGUUCCCCUAGUAGCAUAUUUCUGCACAAACCAUUUUCAUUUUAUCAGGAAACACUUCUGGGCACUGCCUGCCUUAUUAGAGUGUUUCUCUAACGUCACCUGACUCAUGGGGAUAAUGUCAGGUCUCAGGAUUAUCUUAUGUUCUUCAAUAUUAGGGAAAGUCUCCAUUAAAUCUCAAUAGCCAGCUAGUAAUUGUAUCUCAAACAGAAAUUUUCUGGUCUAACAUCCCAGUGGUAGCCCCUUGGUGGGGGUCACAGGCUUUUGCCAUAAGCCCCAAUCUGGAUUCCACAUGAGGCUAUUGUAGAGAGAAUUGUAGAGCUAUUGGAUGCCACCAGCACUCCAGCUUUUAACAUGUCAUUAAAGAAUUAAUCUCUGUCCACCAGGUAUCUAUACUGUUUCAUAUUCACAACCUAUGUGGGUUCAGGCAAUAUUACUGGUUUUCGUUUGGCAUGUCCAAUCUAUAUUGGCUGAAGGGCAAAUUUACAUGCUUCCACUUUACAAUAUCAGAUAAAAGAAGGUAGGAGUCAUUUUUCCCGUAUGGAUAUUCUGUUGUCCCAGCACCAAUUAUUGAAAAAAAUGUCCUUUACCCACUGCACUUCAGUGUCAUCUUUUUUACAAAUCAAAUGACCGUAUAGGUGUUAAUCUGUAUUGGGACGCUAUUCUAUUCUCUUGCUCUAUUUGCCUUUGUGCUGCAACUUCGAUCUUAAUUUAUGUGGUCUUACAAUGACAUGGUGUGACCUGCUUGUGAAUCAGCUUCCUGAUUUUUUCCUCUUCAGAGUUGUCUUGAAAAUUUUGGGCCCUUUGAUGCCCCUAUAAUUUUACAAUCAGUUUGUCAAUUUUCUCUCUCUCACACACAACUUGCUGGGUUUUCCUUGGCAUUGCAUUGAAUUUAUAAAGCAAUUUGGGGAGUAUUUGAAACCAGCAUGAAACGUAUAUAUUAUUACAUUUUGAAGUGUUUGUUCAAAAUUUUUUCCUCCAUCUUUAUUGAGUUGUAUCAUUAAGUUGUGUUUUAAAAAUUAUAAAUUUCCUUGUGAAAUUUUUGAACAGAUUUAUAGAUAUGUAAAUUUUAGGUGAAUAAUCACUCUGACACACUCCUCACCUGCAUCCAUGUCCCCACCUGGAAGGAACACUUUACAAUGGAUGAAUGUGAUAUUGUGGUUUAUAAGAAAUACAUAUUUGGUCAUUCAGAUGUGAGCCAUUCUAGCAAAUUAAUCAAACCCAAGGAGGGGGUCAUGGGAAACAUCUGUAGCCAGUUGGACAGAAGUGCUGGUAACAACCUGGGCUUGUGACUGACGUCUGAAGGGGGGGGCAGUUUUGUGGGACUGAACCCUUAACCUGUGGAAUCUGUUGCUAUCUCCAGGUAGGUGGUGUCAGAAUUGAGGUGAAUUUUGAGACAGCGAGCUAGUUUCCAGAAAAUUGCGUGGAUGUGUUGGAAAAUUCCUCCCCAUGUUGAAAUUGAUACCAGAACUAUUAAUGAGUAUCUUCGUUCAUUUUCAAAUAUUCACUAAUAUCUCUCUUAACUCACCUCUGAUUGACUUCCUGUUGAGUGAAUUUCCCCUCCCCAUUAUCUUGGUGGAACUUUACUAAUUAUCAGUGACCAUAGGGUGUCAGUGGUCAUCGAGGGUGGGAUAUCACCGGUUAUCACCAGCCCAGUAGUUUGUUUACCGAGAGUGAGGUAUCUCUUUUGUACUUUGGUGUUAACUGCUCUCUUUAUUUCAUUUUGCUUACUGAAUUGCAAAAUGAAAACAGGAAUUAUUGACUUAAUCCUGAAUUGAACCCUCAUUGUGAAAAAUAUGAAAAAAAAAGUUCUCAAAAAACCUACUGUGUAAAGACGUGACUUGUAAAACAAGAUUAGAAAAGAUAUAUAAAAUUUUAUGUAUUUGGCACUGUGGAUGGUUUUUCCACACUACUUUACAUUUGCAGGCCACACUUUGAAACUCCAAAUUGCAAGUCAUGCUUGACUAAUUAUUGUUUUUACUAAAAAAAGAUGAUAUAAAUUUUGUAUAAGUGUAAAUCGGCCAUAAACUAAUAUUUAAUCAGAAGGCUAAGUGCAUAUUUGGGAAAUUCAAUGUCAUUUUCAAUUAGUUUUGCAUUUUUCUGGUGUUUGUGAGAAAAAUAUUUUAUAAUUUAUGGCUUCUUUUCUCUAAGAAUUGCCUGUUCAGAAACAUUGCCAAAAAAGUACUCAGAUUAUCAUCUCUUAUUUUAUGUUCUAUGUACUUAAAUGUUUUAUUUUUUUCAUGUGUCUUUCAUUUUUAAGUAAUUUUUAAUUUUUAUGAAUGCAUCUAUUAAAAAAGUGUUGUGCUCUCUGGUUUGGUUCAUGCUUAGUAAUAUUUUGCUAAGAUAAAAUUAUGAAGACAUACUGCAAUAUUUUUAUCUAAGAGUUUUGUCAUUCUUUAUGUCUAGUACUUAUUUAUUUUUCUCUAAGAUUAAAGCUAGAAAUGUUUGCUAUGAGUUUUUAACUAAAUCUCCAAUAUUUCAAUAUUUAGUAAUUUAUGUUAAACUAUUUCUCCCAACAAAUUCAUCAUCUACUUUUAUUAUAUAUGAGCUCCUAUAAACUUCUCCUAGGGAUCUAACAGCAAACAUGGAUUGUUUCAGGCUCCUUGUUCUAUUCUUUUUUUGUUUUCACCAAUAACAAUAUGUGGUAAUAAUAUUUUAUAUAUUGUAAUGCAAUUAUUUUCAUCAAACUGAUUUGUUAGUUAACUUAUUUAAAAGUUUGUGUACUUUUGUUACUAGUACAGGAACUUCAGAAAUGUUUAUAUUUGUAUUGGAACUUUAUUCAAUAAGAUACUUUUGUGAAUUGUUAUUAUAAAUGGAA